GGUCCUUCCGGGAGCUUCCGGGGCGGCGGGCGGGGGCGCGCCCUCUCGGGGCGCCGGGGUCUGAGCCCCGCGACAUGAAGGUCAAGGUCAUCUCGGUGCUGGAGGACAACUACAUGUACCUGGUCAUCGAGGAGCGCACGCGGGAGGCCGUGGCCGUGGACGCGGCCGUGCCCACGCGGCUGCUGGAGAUCGCGGGCCGAGAGGGCGUGUCCCUGACCACGGUGCUGACCACACACCACCACUGGGACCACGCCCGGGGAAACGCGGAGCUGGCGCGGCUGCUGCCCGGGCUGGCCGUGCUGGGAGCCGACGAGCGCAUCUGCGCGCUCACCCGCAGGCUGGCCCACGGCGAGGAGCUGCUGUUUGGGGCCAUACAUGUGCGCUGCCUUCUGACACCGGGCCACACGUCGGGCCACAUGAGCUACUUCCUGUGGGAGGACAACAGCCUGGAUCCACCUGCCCUCUUUUCAGGAGACGCCCUGUCGGUGGCUGGCUGUGGCUGGCGCUUGGAGGACACAGCUCAGCAAAUGUACCAAAGCCUGACAGACAUCCUGGCUAACCUGCCCCCCGAGACGAAGGUGUUUUGUGGGCACGAACACACGCUAAGCAACCUGGAGUUUGCACAGCAAGUGGAGCCCUGCAAUGACCACGUGAGAACCAAACUAGCCUGGGCUCAGAAGAGGGAGGAGGACGACGUGCCCACUGUGCCUUCCACCCUGGGCGAGGAGCUCCUGUACAACCCUUUCCUGAGAGUUGAGGAGGGGCCCGUACGCCAGUUCACAGGCCAGACGGCCCCGGCCCAGGUCCUGGAGGUGCUCUGCAGGGAGCGGGCAAAGUUCCAGCACACGUCCGAGCCGCCGCAGCCCCAGGCCCGGGCUCUCCUGGCUCUGCAGUGGGGCCUUCUGAGCGCACUCCGGCAGAAGUGAGCCCGAGGACCCCCCUCUGGGUCCUCCCCUCCCCUAGCAAGGGACAAGGGCCUCUGCCAGUCCCUGGCCUGGGACUUCCUGCUGGGCUCGGCUGGCUGCUGCUCAGCCCUGGCCUGCUGCUCCAGGAGGCCGCCAGGUGCAGGGAGGGGCUUUGUACUGUAAAUAAAGCACUCAAAGCCUG